UAGAUCUAUAUUAUAGACCUAUUCUAUAUUAAAAUGUAGAUAUAGUAUCUAAAACAAAGUUUGGUUUAACCUGCACUUAAUUUCCAUUGUAUUGUUUAUACAGUAUAUUCAAUUAUAUUGUAUUCAGUUCUUUCAGUCUACCACUGAAUGAUUAUAACUUAAGUUAAUAUAAUUAACAGUACUAGUCCUAUACUAUUGAUUGAGUCUAUCCCUAUCAAGCAAUUAUGGGCAUUACUAGACUAGAUUUAAAUAAUGCACCAAUAUAUAAUAUAUUAUAUGUUUAUGAAAUUUAUUAGUAGGCCUAUAUUAUAUAUAAUAGAUCUAUUUAUUUAGAUACUUAUACAUUUUUUAUAAAUUACAGAUUUCAGUAAUGGAGUAUCUGUUAGAGUUUCAAGGCGUCUACAAGCCAAGAAAGACUCUAAAUUUACAAGCAUCAAAGCCUGAGUCUCUAACACGUGUUGCUGUUUUAGAGCAGAGAGAAAAGGAAAGGUUGAGAAAAGCUGCAUACAGGGCCUAGUUAAGCCCACAUGAAAAAGCUUGGAUAAACAGAAAACGCAAAGAAAGAAAACAGCAAGCUAAUAGUCCACUUAAUGUCAUCUCAGCAGAGGUUGGUGAAUCACUAGGUACUGGAUUCCAGACUCCAGUGGCAAAAAGAAUGGCUGUUUCAAGGGCUUUGAUGAAAUUGCCUAGGUCACCCAAGAAAUAUGCUGCAGUUUUUGAUGGUCUCACACAAAUAUGCUCCCCAAGAAAAAGUAAAAGCUGUCCAUGACAUACGCUUUCUGCGCCUACCUGAGAGAAGAAAGCUCAUCCUUCUAAACAACAUUAAAGAAAGUAUCAAAACCUAACUACACUCCACCAGCAAAAAAAAAGUCAGAUGUCUAGUGCUCAUAGACAAGUACUCUGCAGUAUCCUUAGUAAGUACAACAAACUCAGAGGUUGUGCUACUCAUUUCUAACAUUUGGUCAAGAAGUUUUAUGUCCAAGUGCAAAUCAGAACAAAUUGCAAGAAAAAAAAUGACGUGAUUGCAUUGCACAAAAUGCCUUGGAAACAAUAUUCAUUUUUUACAGUAGAGGGAACUGAUCCCUCUCAAUCAUCUGUUAGUGCUCAAACAGGAAAACGUUUCAUGCAAAAGCUACUUAACAUAAGAUGCAGUCUUGCUUAUGUGAGUUGUGUUUGAAGAUUUUUCUUUAUAUAGAGGGCAUUAAUAAAUUUCUGAUCAAAAAAGGACACAGAGCUGACAUUAAUAAAUCCAGCUUCAUCACUUGACUUAACUCUAUGCCCAAGAACUAAUGCCAAUUGUUUUCAUAAGCUGCAGUGCAUUGAAAGAUCAUGUAGCAACUGUGGUGUGGAUUUAAUUAACAAGUAUUGAGCCUUUAAAAAAUUGCACAGAUGAAUUAGCAGAGUGGAGUAUAGUAUGUGGUCAAAGAUGACGGAUGAGUAUGUUCAUAGUGAUGGUACACUGCAAAAGGUAUCAAAGUGGCGACCAGUAAAUAAAGAAGGAUCUUUUAAUGACCUAGUGAGAGGUAUUACACCUAACACUAUUGCUUACAGAAAUAGAAGCUGUUUCUGCUAUCCAUACAGAAAUUCAUAUGGCAGUCAGUGCCUGCAUGAUGAAACAUGUGGCUCUUGGAAGGUGUUCAAACUUCAGAAACAAAAUGUAGUGCAAUCUCAGUCAAAUCUUGAAGACUCUUUGGAUGUCAGUCCCAUAUGCUCAAAUUCAAAGGCCCAAACAAUUUUCUUCACUCAUCAAAAGUACAUUGUAAAUAGCUGUGUGAUUGUCAAGUAUGGGGAAAUAUUCUAUCCAGGUAUAAUUUUUUGCACUGUGUACCUUUUAAUUUCAAUAAACAAGUUCAAAGUAUGUUUUAGAUUGAAGUAUUAACUUUUCAACAUUGCUGGUAAUUUUUUCUAACAGGAGUUGUGAUAGAAGUCCUGGAUGAUCAGCGCAGAAAUAAUUUUUUAAAAAGGCACAGAAAUUAAAGAAAUAUAUAAAUAUAUAUAUCCAGAAGUGCAGGACAUACAGUUAGUGUAUGCAGACAUGAUUGUUACUGAAGUGAUGUUGAUACCAAUGGCAAUAGUUUGAGAGUGGAAUGUUUUGAUUUCUGAAUUUUUCAAAUAAAAUUUGUGUACAGUU